AUGGGUGGUCUAGGUUUUAGAGAGAAUGAAAAUUUUAACGAUGCCUUAUUGGCUAAACAAGUCUGGAGAAUGAUCAAUAACACUGAUUCUCUUUGUCACCGUGUCUUUAAGGCAUGGUUCUUUCCGGAUUGCUCCAUCUUAGAUGCAAAAGAAUCCAGUUUUGGUUCUUACGCAUGGAAGAGCAUUAUUGGUGCUAGAGACGUGAUUCGAAAAGGUAUGGUUUGGCGUAUUGGGACAGGGGAGGCAUUGCGUAUUAAGGAGGAUAGGUGGCUGCCUGGACAUGCUAACUGUUCAGUCAUUUCUCCCCUUCCUUCUAUGUCCCCGGAUGUGAAAGUGAGUUCUUUGAUUGAUCCAGAUAGAGUAGCUUGGAGAACAGAGGUUGUGCAGCAACUAUUUCUACCCCAUGAAGCUGACAUUAUCUUGGGUAUUCCAUUGAGCUCUCGAAGCCCUGAUGAUCGCAUUAUUUGGGCACACACACCAUCUGAAUUCAGAGCUGAGAUUUUUGUGACCAGUGCGUGGUUCCUCUGGAAUAGAAGGAAUGCUGUUCAUUUUGGGCGCCCCCCAUUGCCCGUGGAUAGUAUAUGCAGCAAAGCAGGAAAUUACUUGCAGGAAUUUUUGCAAGCUCAGAUAGAAGAGCAAAUUCCAGUUCGUCCUCCUCCCAGUCAGCAGUGGUGUCCUCCGGAUCAUCAUUGCUUAAAGAUAAAUUUCGAUGCUACGGUGUUUCGUCGAUUAAGUAAGGCGGGCAUUGGUGUCAUUAUCCGUAACAAUGCAGGUGAAGUUGAAGGUGCUCUGUCCUCUUCCAUUCCCAUGGCCCAUUCAGUGGCUGAUCUUGAAGCCUUAGCAUGUUUGAAGGCUGUCCAAUUUGCUCUGGAACUGGGUAUUACUAGAGUAGUGUUUGAAGGUGAUUCAGCGGUUAUCAUUAAUGCCCUUCUACACGGUGUGGGUGCAUUUGCUACUUUCAACAAUAUUUUGGAUGAUAUAUGCAUGCUUUCUACGGUUUUUCAGUUUGUAGAAUUUAGUUUUGUUAAUCGACAUUGUAAUUCAGUAGCUGAUGCUUUGGCCAAAAAAGCUAAGCUUAUUGUUGGGGCACAGGUUUGGCUUCAUGAUGUGCCAGCAGACAUUGCCCCCUUAGUUAGUUUGGAUGUUCAUUGA